CUAUAAAUUUCUUUAAUUUUUUUCGAUCCAUGGCUCAGCUCAAUGUAGGAAAAUAUGUAAAACCAACAAGAAGAAAGGGAAUGAUUCUCCUAAACAAGAUAUUGUUGUGUUCUCUAUAUAUCGAUCUCACAGAACAAGAUCACUUGUCAAAAAUCAAUUUAUGAUUAACAUGGCUUGCAUUACUGUGCCCUCUACGUGCAUGGAAAACGCUGGCUUCAAAAAGGGCAUGUUCUGUGGCAGCCAAACGCUACAAAAAAUUGCAGAGCAGCUCCAAUUUCUUACUCCACCUAGAGUGAAUACUAUGGAAGUAGAGCACUUUGAUGAUAAUACAAGUGAUGAGUUUUGCUUGGUGAAUUGGAGGAAGAAGAGAGCGGCUGUCUUGAUUUGCCUCUUUGAAGGCAAUGAAGGCGAGCUACGUGUUAUUCUUACUAAGAGAUCUAUGAAGUUGUCUUCUCAUCCAGAAGCAGGAGAUGUAGCAUUGCCGGGUGGGAAGAUGGAAGAAGGAGAUGUAGAUGACUCUGCAACUGCAUUAAGGGAAGCCAUGGAAGAGAUAGGUUUGGAUCCUCAUCUUGUUCAAGUUGUGGCAAACUUAGAGCCCUUUAUUUCCCAGCACCAGCUGAAGGUUGUUCCUGUGGUAGGGCUGCUAGCCAGGGUAGAAGACUUCAAGCCUGUACUAAAUACGGACGAAGUUGACACUCUUUUUGAUGUCCCACUGGAAAUGUUUCUCAAGGGACGUUGUUCAUCAGUUGAAGAGGGGGUGACAAAUGUGGAAGUCUCGGUGGCUGUGAGCGAGUGGUCUCGAGUAGAAGAGUUGGUAUAGCUCAAGAUGGAGGUGCUUGGUUUUUUGGCUUAGGGAUGGUGGACAUUUUAAGUGUUGAUGGGUGUAUGUUUUUUACUGUGGGUUUGUGAUGGUGAGACUGUUGGACGUGGUGGUGGCUAAACUGGGAUAAAAAAGGAGCAACGGCGGAGGAGGAAGAUAAACAAUGACUUGACUUUAUGAUUUUGGGGGUAUGAGCACUGUCUGUGAGAGAGGGAGAACAAGCGGCUACUAGUCUGAAUUAUUAUUUUUUAAUGACUAAGAUUUGGGUUGAUCAGGUUUUGUUUUGUUGUUUUCUUUUAUGGAGGCUAUUACUGGAAGAGAGGCUGUCGUGAGUGUGAUGAAGAUGGUGGUGUUGAAGGAGGGCAUUAAGGGUUUAAGCCUACUCUUCAGUAUUUUUUUAAUCCAUGAAACAGAGGCUCCCUCUGGUUUUUUCGUUCCUCCACUCUUGUUCCUCCCGAGUUCUCUCUUUGUUGCAGGCUUUUGAAGCCCAUCAAAGGCGAGGCUUGUGGGAAUAAUUUAGGAUUUGAUUUCGGGUCUUGAUUGAAGAUUUUGGGCUAGAAUUAUGGGAUUUGAGAGAUGAAGUAGGGAUAUUUAAAAUCUAGUUUAAUAGCUAAGUUUCUUGAUUCAAUUGGAAUCUAAACUAAAUUGAAUUAAUUUGGACUAAAUCAAUUGAAAUGAAAUAAAUGAGUUGGUUUG